CUGAGUAGCCCGGGGGACGAACCCCGGAAGCGAGCUUUCCGGCGGCGAUUUUCCCCUCUCUAAGAUCUUGAUGAAUAAAAUAAAGCAGACAUAAUUCAUCUCUGGAAAGAUUAUUUAUACUCUGGCAUUUGAAAUGCUUUGUAUUUAGAAUAGUAGUAAAAAUGGAAAAAGAGAAAGUAAAUGAUGAUGGAAAACCAGACCCAGAGAACUCCUUGGACUUUUCUGAACACUUUAACCAACUUGAAUUAUUAGAAACACAUGGACACCUUAUUCCCACUGGCACCCAAAGUCUCUGGGUAGGGAAUUCUGAUGAAGAUGAAGAGCAAGAUGAAAAAACUGAAGAGUGGUAUCAAUUGCAAGAAAAAAAAAUGGAAAAAGAUCCAAGCAAAUUGCUUCUUUGGGCUGCUGAAAAAAAUCGGCUGACCACAGUGCGAAGACUGCUUUCAGAAAAGGCCACCCACGUGAACACUCGAGAUGAAGAUGGGUACACCCCGCUCCAUCGAGCAGCCUACAGCGGACACUUAGACGUGGUCCGGGAGUUGAUUGCACACAGGGCAGAUGUUCACGCGGUGACUGUGGAUGGCUGGACACCCCUGCACAGUGCCUGUAAGUGGAAUAACACCAGAGUGGCUUCUUUCUUACUGCAGCAUGAUGCAGAUAUCAACGCCCAGACAAAAGGCCUCUUGACCCCCUUACAUCUAGCUGCUGGGAACAGAGACAGCAAAGAUACCCUUGAACUCCUCCUGAUGAACCGCUACAUCAAAGCAGGUCUGAAGAACAACCUGGAGGAAACUGCAUUUGACAUCGCCAGGAGGACAAGCAUGUAUCACUACCUCUUUGAAAUUGUGGAAGGCUGCACAAAUUCUUCACCUCAGUCUUAAUGGUUCUAAUAAUUUUCUUAAGUUUCUAAGUCCCAGUGCCUCCUUUGUGUGAGAUGUGAAAUGUCCCCAUCAUACAAAGUUGACAUCAAAAGUCUUAGGACAGUAAUUCAGUGGUAAUAUCACGAUAAUAUCCUUCCAAGUGAAUUGCCUGACCUUGAUGUCAAAAUGUAUUUGGAAGUUGAUUGGAUAUAUCUUUAAUGAUUUCCGUGGUGUUUGUGAUUUUUAUCAAAUCAUUUUAACUUACCUAUACUGAAAAACUUGUCACAAGCUGUACAGAAAACUAAUGAUAUUUUUGGUGCUGAUCCAAGAGAAAUGUAUUUUUAAAUAUUCCCCCAUCCUAGAUCUUUGUGCAGUAUUUAGUAUAUUAAUGUGUAUUUUUAUAAGGUCAGGUAACUCAGAAUUUCAUUUAAAACUCUUAAUAUACUGGUGCAGUUCAGCUGUCUUCUCUGCAUCACCAUAGCCAUUUGCUUUCAUUGUAAACCGUAAGAAUGAACAUAUUAGUGUCUUGAAUCUCCGUAAAUUAAAAAAAAAUCAAGACACCUAGAUCUUUGUUUUCUAGAACCUAGGCCAUUUUCAGGAAGUAGCUAGGUGUUUAAUCCACGAAUUUUAUAUACUGCCCCCUCCCACAAUCCACACAAUCCUGUGGACCAUCCUACCUCACCCUGGUCAACCUGCAUAUUCCUUAUGCUGCUGGUGAGUCAGCACGACCCUUCAGACAUGCGCACAACUAUACCUUGGUUCAAAUCAUAACGUAUCUAUCUGCUCUCCAGCUAGUUUUACCUCCCUGGUCCUACUGAGCUGGGCACUGCUCAUCUAGACUCUCAAGUUCACAGGAGGUGUUCUUUUCCAGGGUCCUCAUUUUAUACAAGCCACACAAAGACAAAGUGACAGGGAAAAGGAAUUCUAAGAAUGAGGGGAUGAUGAUUAUAUUGGGGUGAGAACCGCAAAGUGGCUCAGGCCUUUUUUAAAAGCCACAUUGUGGAUAGUGACAAAAGCAUAAAUAUAAAUAUUCCAAAAAAAAAUAAAAGUUUUGAACAACCAAAAAAAAAGCAUGAAUUCUUUUUUUACCUGUGUAUCUUCCUUGGAUCCAUAACAUGUUUAUUCAUUCCAGCUAAGAGAUGGAAGCAACCCAAAAGCCCACUGACAGAUGAAUGAAUAGAGAAAAUGUAGUAUAUACAGAAAAUUGAAUAUUAUUAAGCCUCAAAAAAGGAAAUCCUACCACAUGCUACAACAGGAAUUAACCUUGAGAACAUUAUGCUAAAUAAAAUAAGCCAAUCACAAAAAGACAAAUUAUGUAUGAGUCCACUCAUA